UUCCUUUCUGGAAUUCACGAGCACAUAUGCAUCCUUCCGAGUAAUUGAUCGUUUAUUUGAAGUUCUGGUUCGAUCAGAAAGGAGGAUCGGAGCGACAAAUGGAAACCAUGAGAUUUCCAUUUUCGAUGUUCUCCUCCUCCAUCAAACCCACUUCUCGCUCUCUCUCUUCCUCGUCUUCUGCUAACUAUUUCCCGGCUUUCGGAGCCAAACCCGGGGAUUUCAGUUCUCUGAGAAGUCUUUCCCCCGGGAAUUCGAUUCCCUGUGGAAAUCGGAACCUCUCCGUCGUAUCUGCUUCUAAAGCCGACGAUCAUGGACCACCAAACGAUUCCUCUUUUCGGGGAGGUGAAUCAUUCUUUAGGAGUGUGUUAGCAGGUAUGGAGGCAGUUUAUUUGAAUAGAAACCCCACUGCAAAAGCCAUCUUGGAUCAUGUUCAUUCAGUUGAUGAUGAUCAAAUAUGCUAUGAUCAUGUUGCGUUUAGGACUUUUGGGGUGAAUGGUCAUGGUAUUGAUUCUAUGGCAAACUUUUUUCUGGAUUUUGGUUAUACUCUACGGGAUGAAUUGAGAUUUCCUAAAAAGAAGUUGAAAGCAUUUUGGUUUUCUCCUCCCAGACUUCCAGUUUAUGAUGGCAGCAGUGGUGUUAAUGGGCCCUUACCUAGAAUAUUUAUAUCAGAACUGCUUGUGGAUCAAAUGAGUGUUCAACUUCAGGAAAUUGUUAGAAAAUACACUGAAAUGUCUGGUUUUGGAAACAGAUAUGCUCCUCUUGCAAGUGCACUCGGUUCUUUAACAUGGGAGAAGCCCUCGUAUUCUGAGUUCCAACUAUUGGCUAGGGAAAGUGAAUAUGCUGCAUGGACUCUUGUUAAUGGCUGUGCGGUCAAUCAUGUCACAAUAGCCGCACAUAGGCUGAAAUCUCAUUUGAGGAAUAUCAAAAGCCUCAAUCAAUUUAUCGAGGAGAAUGGAUUCAAGUUAAGCUCUGAAGGAGGUGUCCUGAAGGUGAGCCCUGAUGGUCUACUACUACAAAGUUCGACGGUGGCAGACUCAGUAUCUUUCCAUUUUUCUGAUGGCAUUACUGAGUCUGUCCCAUGUUCAUACAUCGAGUUUGCUGAACGCCUCAGACUGCCACAAUUUGAGAAAUUACCUGAAGCUGAGGUUAAGGAGUUCCACCGGCGAGACGGGUUUGAGGUCGGAAAUGCUGACAAGAUCUUCGAGAGCACAUCGAAGAACCAGUUAACCCGGAGAGCAGGAUGAGGGUUGCGUAUUGCUCAUCUUCAUUUAGCUGGAAGAUCCAUGGCAAGUGGUUUUUAUGUAGCUGUCUCCUAUCUGUGGUGUCCAAUUAAUAGGUAUAGCUUUUAAAGAAUGGUUUUAUGCACGGUAUGCUUACAUCUACUUUGGAUGGUGUAUUCGGCCGGCAAUUAGGAAGGCCCAUUAGGCUACGAAGAAGAAGAAGACGACAAGGUCUGAACAUACAUUGUGCAGUAUGCAUGAAUGAUAAUGAAUUGUGUUUGAACUAAAGACUGUGUCAUUGUCUUUAGGUUAGGUAUGAUGGCCUAAUUAACAAAUUGUAACUUGAUUGAACACUGAUCCAAUCAUCCAAAUGUUUGGCAAGCUUCUGCCAACCAGAAACGAAAGCAAAGGCAUAACCUUAAAAGUUGGCCACACAUUUUUUCCCUGGUA